UUACAGUUUUAGGGUAAACAGUGCGAAGGACGGAAAUACAAAGGAGUAGUGAUAAAUAGUAGUGUAAAUGAAUAUGAUAAUGUACUUGAGCUAUGCCAGGUGUUCGGUUAAUUGAUGUUUGGUAUUUACCAAACCUAGUUUUGACUUCCAAAGAAAGUAAAGAAAACUUUAUCAACAAGAUGCUACUUUAGGCUCUCAGGUGCUUUAACGACACAAAUUUCAAAAAUGAAAUCCUUCAUUAUUUUGGAGAUAAUAUUAGCAUCUUCAGCAGGACAGAGCUACUGGUGGCUAGAUAAUCCUGGGGUUUUUGGAGGAAGAAAUUAUGAUUCAGAGGCAAUUGCAUCAGGAGAACAUUUAAGAAAUAGAAGUGCAGCAACUUCGACAAACCCUAUUGACAGAGUUAAAAGACAGUCAAAUAUAUUACCAGAUGAUAUUACCAGCGAGUGCCCAAUAGAUUCUAAUUGUGUUGAGAGAUAUCUGUGCCGGACGAAGGCCCCAAGUAGAUUAGAUCUUAUUCCGUGUUAUGUUCCUGCAGAGAAUAACUUUGGAGUUUGUUGUACAAACCCGUUCCCACGGAUCUGUCCCUUUACACCUAAUAUACCUACCAGGGAGCAGUGCAAAUUUGCAGAAAAGGAGUGCAACAGUCCAGGUGAUGAGAGUGGUUGUGAGAGGCCAGCACUCUGCUGUUUCAACGGAUGCACCAAUGUUUGUUUAAAAAAAUCUUACUUUGAGCCGCAGCGUCCGUUCUUUACCAGACUCCCGCCAAGAGAUAAGCAAAAACGACCUUCCGUCACUUCUCAGUCUACCGAAGGCCCAAAUAGUAAACCUGUAAGGACUACAAGAGGUCCAAAAAUAACUACUACGGCCCCAGAAUUGAAUACUGCAAGGGUGACAGAAGAGACUACUCCAAGGACUGAAGACGACUUUUCAGAAUAUGAAUCAAAUAGCGACGAUUAUAACGAUUUCGGGAUUGAUGCAAGAAUUGGACCUUCACGGUCUAGUCCUCGGAGAGAAGGAGGAACUACUAAAGGUGGAACAACAAGGGGUCCUAAAACGGGAAUUGUAACCAAAGGAACAGAGUUAUCACAGUCUUUCGAAUCUUUGCAAAAAGAGGAACCUCGAGAUCUAGAGAAACUGUGGAGUAAACUACUAGAUCGUCUUCUAACUUUAGAAAAAUAAAUCAAAAACUUAAUUGUGAAAAUGUUAACUUUGUUCUUUUUUUUUUACUUUUUCAACGCUUUUGAAUAUGUUUAUUGCAAAAGCAACUUUAAACAUAUUGGAUUCAAUGAAUUAUUGUUAGAUUUAUUUUCAUGUUUAGUUAGUAGAGAAAAAAUCAGUUUAUUUUAAAAUUACCUUGUAAAACAGAAAUAUAAGGAGGAUAUUAAAAAAGAUUUAUUAAAUUAUUAUAGUGUAAUGUGUAUUUGUGUAAAAAGAUGAUUUUACAGUAAGGAUAUCCGUAAGCUUUUAGUUUAUGUUCAUUAGAUGAUGUUCUAUAUAUCAACUUGUAAAUAAAUUUUUUGUUAAUGUUA